CAGCUCUUCAUAUUCUGAAGCUGGGCUGAGGCAGUGGCUAUCUGUGGCAGUGCCUGGGUGAUUUUGAAGCCCAGAACUACCCACCCAAGUGGCUGUGAUACUGGCUUUCACUGAAUCCUUAUUACUCUUAAAAGAGCAAUUUGGUUGGUUGCACGGCUAUUAGGAUCACACAGGCAGCCUGAAAGCUGUCAGUACAACUGCUUCUCAUCUUUUCCACACAAUCCUGACAUCUUUUCUCUUUUCUGCUGGACACAGACAUCACUGUUUUUAUCAUUUUCAAUCAGGCUCACCCAGAACGCUGAGGAAUAUAUUCCCACUGAAAGCAGAGUGGAGAACAGAAAUUAUUUUAUAGCUCCUGGAGUAGAAGCAGUGCUGACUGUACUAAAGAGCAGGAGCCGGAUCUGUGAGAAAUGUAGCUUGGCUCAGGGCUACACCGGGGAGCUGCUUCUUCAGUGUUAAAGAUGGCAAAACAACACCUACCUCAGGUCUUUCCACGAUUAAUGCUAUUUUCAUAACCUGGAGGGAAGAGGAUGUGAGAAAUUUUGUGAUAUUCUCUUGUGGAAAUGUUAUCAUCAGAGAAAGUGGGGAAAAUCACUAGGCUUGAACUUCUCUUCGUUUUGAUCCUCUUUUUCUCUGGACCAACUCUCAGCAAGCUGACCAGGACCCCCUGGAAAGGAAAACCUUGGAAGGGGGGAUCUCGUCUUCGCCAGGAAGACUUUCCGCCACGGAUCGUGGAGCACCCCUCAGAUGUCAUCGUGUCUAAGGGAGAGCCCACCACUCUGAACUGUAAGGCGGAGGGCCGGCCGACCCCUACCAUUGAAUGGUACAAGGAUGGAGAGCGGGUGGAGACCGACAAGGAUGAUCCGCGCUCCCACAGGAUGCUCCUGCCCAGCGGGUCCUUAUUCUUCUUGCGCAUUGUGCACGGGCGCAGAAGUAAACCCGAUGAAGGCAGCUACGUCUGUGUUGCCAGGAACUAUCUUGGUGAAGCAGUGAGUAGAAACGCUUCCCUGGAAGUGGCGUUGUUGCGAGAUGACUUCCGGCAAAACCCCACUGAUGUUGUAGUGGCCGCUGGAGAGCCUGCGAUCUUGGAGUGCCAACCUCCACGGGGACACCCGGAACCUACGAUCUACUGGAAAAAAGACAAAGUUCGAAUUGAUGACAAGGAAGAAAGAAUAAGUAUUCGUGGUGGAAAACUGAUGAUCUCCAAUACGAAGAAGAGUGAUGCGGGAAUGUACACCUGUGUAGGCACCAACAUGGUGGGAGAAAGAGACAGCGACCCAGCAGAGCUGACUGUCUUUGAACGACCGACAUUUCUCAGGAGGCCAAUUAACCAGGUGGUGCUGGAGGAAGAAGCUGUAGAAUUUCGGUGUCAGGUCCAGGGAGAUCCUCAACCAACUGUGAGGUGGAAAAAGGAUGAUGCAGACUUGCCCCGAGGAAGGUAUGACAUCAAAGAUGAUUACACACUGAGAAUUAAGAAGGCCAUAAGUACAGAUGAAGGUACCUAUAUGUGUGUUGCUGAGAAUCGGGUGGGAAAAAUGGAAGCCUCUGCUACCCUCACUGUCCGAGCUCGCCCUGUUGCUCCUCCACAGUUUGUGGUCAGGCCAAGGGAUCAGAUUGUUGCACAAGGUCGAACAGUGACAUUUCCUUGUGAGACAAAGGGAAACCCACAGCCAGCUGUGUUUUGGCAGAAGGAAGGCAGCCAGAACCUACUUUUCCCAAAUCAACCCCAGCAGCCCAACAGUCGAUGUUCUGUGUCACCAGCUGGAGACCUCACAAUCACCAACAUUCAACGUUCAGAUGCCGGCUACUACAUCUGCCAGGCCCUGACUGUGGCAGGAAGCAUUUUAGCAAAAGCUCAACUGGAGGUUACUGAUGUUCUGACAGAUAGACCUCCACCAAUAAUCCUACAAGGUCCAGUAAACCAAACACUAGCGGUCGAUGGUACAGCAUUACUGAAAUGUAAAGCCACUGGUGACCCUCUUCCUGUAAUUAGUUGGUUAAAAGAUGGAUUUACUUUUCUGGGUAGAGAUCCAAGAGCAACUAUCCAAGAGCAAGGCACACUGCAGAUUAAGAAUUUACGGAUCUCUGACACUGGCACUUACACUUGUGUGGCUACAAGUUCAAGUGGGGAGACUGCCUGGAGUGCAGUACUGGAUGUGACGGAAUCUGGAGCAACAAUUAGUAAAAAUUAUGAUUUAAAUGACCUGCCAGGGCCACCAUCCAAACCACAGGUCACAGACGUUACUAAGAACAGUGUCACCUUGUCCUGGCAACCAGGUCUCCCUGGAACUCUUCCAGCGAGUGCAUAUAUCAUUGAGGCUUUCAGCCAAUCGGUGAGCAAUAGUUGGCAGACAGUGGCAGACCAUGUGAAGACCACCCUCUAUACUGUGAGAGGAUUGCGGCCCAAUACAAUCUACUUGUUCAUGGUUAGAGCGAUCAACUCCCAAGGCCUCAGUGACCCAAGCCCUAUGUCAGAUCCUGUGCGUACUCAAGAUAUCAGCCCACCAGCACAAGGAGUAGACCACAGACAAGUGCAAAAAGAACUAGGAGAUGUCCUUGUUCGUCUUCACGCUCCAGUUGUACUGACUCCCACGACUAUUCAGGUCACAUGGACGGUGGAUCGCCAGCCCCAGUUUAUUCAAGGCUACCGUGUACUGUAUCGUCAGACUUCGGGACUGCAAGCUACAUCGUCGUGGCAGAAUUUGGAUGCCAAAGUCCCCACAGAGCGAAGUGCUGUCUUAGCCAAUCUGAAAAAGGGGGUGACUUAUGAAAUUAAAGUUCGACCCUAUUUUAAUGAAUUCCAAGGAAUGGAUAGUGAAUCUAAAACCGUCCGUACUACCGAAGAAGCCCCAAGUGCCCCUCCACAAUCCGUUACUGUGCUAACAGUCGGAAGCCACAAUAGCACAAGUAUUAGUGUUUCCUGGGAUCCUCCUCCACCAGACCACCAGAAUGGAAUUAUCCAAGAAUACAAGAUCUGGUGUCUGGGAAAUGAAACUCGAUUCCAUAUCAACAAGACUGUGGAUGCAGCCAUUCGAUCUGUAAUCAUCGGUGGAUUAUUCCCAGGGAUUCAAUACCGGGUAGAGGUUGCAGCUAGUACCAGUGCAGGGGUCGGAGUAAAAAGUGACCCACAGCCAAUAAUAAUUGGGGGUCGGAAUGAAGUUGUCAUUACUGAAAACAAUAACAGCAUAACUGAGCAAAUCACUGACGUUGUCAAGCAGCCAGCCUUUAUAGCUGGUAUUGGUGGUGCCUGCUGGGUAAUUUUGAUGGGUUUUAGCAUCUGGUUGUAUUGGCGAAGAAAGAAGAGAAAGGGACUCAGUAAUUAUGCUGUUACAUUUCAAAGAGGAGAUGGAGGACUCGUGAGCAAUGGAAGCCGUCCAGGUCUUCUAAAUGCUGGGGAUCCAAAUUAUCCAUGGCUGGCUGACUCGUGGCCAGCCACAAGUUUGCCAGUGAACAAUAGCAACAGUGGCCCAAAUGAAAUUGGGAAUUUUGGGCGUGGAGAUGUGCUGCCACCAGUUCCAGGCCAAGGGGAUAAAACAGCAACAAUGCUCUCAGAUGGAGCCAUUUAUAGUAGCAUUGACUUCACUACCAAAACCACGUACAACAGUUCCAGCCAAAUAACACAGGCUACCCCAUAUGCCACAACACAGAUCUUGCAUUCCAAUAGCAUCCACGAAUUGGCUGUUGAGCUGCCUGAUCCACAGUGGAAAAGUUCAGUUCAGCAGAAAACAGAUCUGAUGGGAUUUGGUUACUCUCUACCUGAUCAGAAUAAAGGUAACAAUGCCUUACUUUACAUCCCUGACUACCGAUUGGCUGAGGGAUUGUCUAAUAGAAUGCCACACAACCAGUCACAGGAUUUCAGCACCACCAGCUCUCACAACAGCUCAGAAAGGAGUGGCAGUCUAUCAGGUGGGAAAGGUGGAAAAAAGAAAAAAAAUAAAAAUUCCUCCAAACCACAGAAGAACAAUGGAUCGAACUGGGCCAAUGUUCCCCUACCUCCUCCCCCAGUCCAGCCCCUUCCCGGUACAGAGCUGGAACACUAUGCUGUGGAAGAGCAAAAAAAUGGCUAUGACAGUGAUAGCUGGUGCCCGCCAUUACCUGUGCAAACAUAUUUACACCAGGGCAUAGAAGAUGAACUAGAGGAAGAUGAAGACCGGGUCCCAACACCUCCUGUCCGAGGCGUGGCUUCUUCUCCUGCCAUCUCCUUUGGACAGCAAUCCACGGCCACUCUCACUCCCUCCCCGCGGGAAGAGAUGCAGCCCAUGCUGCAGGCUCACCUGGAGGAGCUGACCAGGGCCUAUCAGUUUGAUAUAGCGAAACAAACAUGGCACAUUCAAAGCAAUAAUCAACCUCCACAGCCCCCUGUUCCACCAUUAGGUUACGUGUCCGGAGCCUUGAUUUCUGAUUUGGAAACAGAUGUUCCAGAUGAUGAUGCUGAUGAUGAAGAGGAAGCUUUAGAAAUCCCCAGGCCUCUGAGAGCACUGGACCAAACACCGGGAUCCAGUAUGGACAAUCUAGACAGCUCUGUGACAGGAAAAGCCUUUACCUCCUCUCAAAGACCUCGACCUACCAGCCCAUUUUCUACUGACAGUAAUACCAGUGCAGCCCUGAAUCAAAGUCAGAGACCUAGGCCCACCAAAAAACACAAGGGAGGGCGCAUGGACCAACAGCCAGCAUUGCCUCAUCGAAGGGAAGGAAUGACAGAUGAUCUUCCACCACCACCAGAUCCCCCACCAGGUCAGGGUUUAAGGCAACAAAUAGGCCCGAGCCAGCAUACUGGUAACCUGGAAAACUCAACAGAGAGAAAAGGAAGCUCUCUAGAGAGACAACAUGCAUCCAACUUAGAAGACACAAAGAGCUCACUGGAGUGUCCAGCUAAAACCUCUCUAGAGUGGCAGCGACAAACCCAGGAAUGGAUAAGCUCCACAGAACGCCAAGAAGAUACCCGGAAAGCCCCACACAAACCAGAGGAGGCCUUGGUGCCCUAUAGCAAGCCCAGCUUCCCAUCUCCUGGUGGCCACAGCUCAUCUGGAACGUCUUCUUCUAAAGGAUCUACCGGACCCAGGAAAGCUGAUGUGUUGAGAGGAGGACACCAGCGCAAUGCCAGCGACCUUCUGGACAUAGGCUAUAUGGGCUCAAAUAGUCAAGGACAGUUUACAGGCGAAUUAUAGUAACUGAGAGGAGACAUUCAAAGCUGCUCCGAAGGACCAUCAGGUCCGAACUCAUGGAAGUGAUGACACUAAACAGUGCAAUGAACGAUUUCUUUUAUUUAUGUACUAUUAAAAAAAACUGUAAAUGCAAUGUAAAGACACACAGCCACACAUAUCCCACAGAUAUUUUACUUGUGUUCUUCUCUUAAGUAUACCACCCACCUUAACUCUUUCUUGUCAGGAGUAUAUAAAAAAGAAAGCAAACAAAACUCAAAAACUCACCCUCCAGGAAGAAAAGGAUUUUCCUCUGUAUAUAAUUUCUUUUGUGCAUUGCUAUGCAAGCUCACUCUUUUUAGCUCUGUUCAUAUUAUUGUCUGUUCUUAAUGGUCUGUUGUACUAUAUGUGAAUUAAUAGGCUGUGGUGCCAUAUAUUAACUUUUAAUUGUGUAACUUUUAUGUUUAAAUUUUGCACUGCAAUUUUAUUUGGUGAUAAGCACAAAUCUCUACUCCUCAUGACAUGAAGAAAGAUUGAAUGUGAAGGGAGUUUCUGUACUGUAAGCUAGUUGGAUAAUGCUGAUGUAACCAAUCACAUUAGGUGGUUUUCAGUUGGGGUGUAGAAAAUAGCAAGAGGCAAAGGAACAGUGGCAUUGGCAAAGUCUUCUUUGAAUCAAGAAGUGAAUUAAUUUACAAAGCAGAAAAAAAAGGCUUUUAUGGUUGACGAACGCAGGGGUCAAGAGAAGGAAGUUUACGUCUUUAGACUGAAUAUGCGUUAACAUAUGGAGGUAGCAAAGAUGAAUUCAUCUUGAUUUUAAAAAUGAUGAAGUUUAUUUACAAUCAAAUUUACCUACAGUUGUAAUUGACCCACCUGAGAAUUAUAAGAAGCAAAAGGAAAUUAAGGUGUUUCACAAGAGCUGUAUUCAUACUACAGUUUUUAGCAUUUUCUGAAAUAGAAUUAAUCUCUCUGACUCGUUAAGUCAUUAUAUAACAUGAAGCUCCCCCAAGGAAACAAACAAAAUGGACUCUAGAGUAUCUAGCAAAUAGUUAAAGAAGCUAUUUAUUAUUAGGACAUACUCAGGCUGCUUCCAAAUAUGAACUCUACUGCAACAUCUUGUUUCAUCUUUCUCAUACAUGUACAGUACACAAUAGAGGUUAGAGCUGCAUCACUUAAAUUCAUGAUUUUCAUAAAAAUAAUGCAGUCUAUAUGCAAUUUUGCGUUUCAUUUGAUUAAGAAGUGAAGUCGGUACCACCAGAUGCACAGCCAAAUUGUAAGUGCUUAAAAAGCAAUGUCAGAGUAAGUUCAGUUCACAAGAAGUAAAUUUAUUAGAAUAAAUACUUUAUGGUACAUUUUCAGAAAUUGGCUACCAGUUAAAAUCUGUUUGACCCAUUUUGAAUGAGUAAAUUGAAAAGGAAAAUUGAAAAGGAGAAAAAUGCAUGUUUAUUACACUUUUUAAAUAAAACCAACCCUUGUAAGUGGACAUUAAUAACAGUGUCCUGCCUCAUUUGUUUUCCCAAUUUUGAGAAUAAGAAGUUCCUGAGCAUCAGUUAUAUACACUCAAAAUGUGUAACUUUGAAAUCUGUUAAGCUACUGUACAUGUAUAGCCAAUCAGUAAAGUAGAAGAUUCCUGUAAUUCACACCUGUGAUAUUUUCUCAUGUGCCACCUACACAGUCUUAAAUUCUGUUUCUGCCUAUAUUUUCUAUUGUUUUUUCUAUAUGUUCAGUAGCUGGUAGACUGAAAAAUACUCAAUGUGACCAUCACAUAAAUUCUAAACUAGGGGACCCCUUGCAUGACAAUUCACACUCUGUGCGUUAUUGGCUAACUAUACUAAGGGAUGAUAUCAUCAGACGGUUCCAUCAUUUUUAUUCCCUGAGACUGCAUCUGUGCAGGCAGAAUAAUUGCAGAGUCCUCGAUGGGCCCCACUGUCUUCUUGGUGCCACACAGUUUGUUUCUUCACUGAAGAGAAGAAUUCUCAGACACACUUAUUAAACCUUCCACCAACUUUCUACCAUCAGUGCCUGAAUUUUAAUGCUGUUUGAUUUCUCUCUGGGACAGAGACUGGGAAAGGUGAAAAGUUUCUGCAAAAAAAUGAAUACACAAUUAUUCACAACUCUAAGAUGUAACUUGUUUAUUUGUACAGUUCCUUGCUUCACCUUCCUGCAUUUAAAAGCAAUUUUCCAAGAUGUUUUAUUCAUUUGUUUUCCUCUUUUAUGCCUCUCAGCAACUGAAUUUAGUUUAAAACAUUAGUUUAUUACACAUUGCCUUGACCCUUUAUAACUUGUAGAUGAUUAGUAAGUCAAAACUUCAAAGCAGUUUCUUGCAGAUUAUUUGUAGACUAAUGUGGGGCAUAACAUCAUACCUUUCUGAUUGUUUUCAGUAUGUAAAAAUAUUUAAAAUACAUGAAUACAGACCUUGUGGUUACUUGGAAUAUUCUUUUCAAGUAAUCCACAUUGUCUGUUAAAUCUUAUUUUAAAUAAAUUGAUCUGUCAAAUCUAGCACCCAAUAUACAUGGUGUCUUAAUAUGGAGGAUACUACAUGAUAGCUAUAUUAAUAGAGUAACCAUAUCAAAAAUCAAAAGCUUUCACCAUUUUGCUAUAUGCAAAAAGUUAUUGAUCAGCAUUAAGUCAGAAUGUCCAGAAAAAUGAAAACCUAUCUAAUGGCUACCUUGAUUUCUUUUUGUGUGGCCGAUUAAAUGAAUGAUGUGAAAUUCACUGAGCUCACUCUUUGCAGGUCUAAAUGGGCCAGCAUACACAACAGAGGGAAAUCUGGGUGGAAGAGAAGGUCACCUUAUCUUGCACUCCUGGGCAGUGAUGCCGUUCAGUCAUGCCAGACACAAGCAUUAAUAAAAGGUAGACUCUGCCUCUCAGUGCUCAAACUCAGGUAUGCCAGUGUAUGCGGUAGAGUCAGCUUACCCUUCCCCAACUUUUCCAUGCCAUAUUAAAAAUAGGAUAGUGCAGGGGCAUGAAAACAAUGUUUCCCUCACAGGAUCUGAAUCCACUUGAAGAAGGAAUAUAGGAAAGACAAGACCAACAUGUAAGGUAUCACACAACCAAAGGGAAAUAGAACCAUUGCAAGUGUACUUGCUUUGAAUAACAAACUUCAUGGUGUUCUAUGUCAUAGUUGAAAGCUCUAGGUAUUUCAAUAUAUUUUCAAUGGGAUUUAGUUCAAAGUUUGUAUGUGCUUCAGUGGAACACCUCCCAAUUUCUCUUCAGUCUAUUUAUGUAAUUGUCCAUUGACAAUAAAAUAGUAACAAUGCCAAUGAGCUCUAAACUGUGGAUUACAUCCACUGGAAAAUGAUUGUGUGUCAGUAUUAAAGAUAUGCAGAACCGUAACAUUCACUAAUGUUAGUUUCCUCAUCUGCUUCUCUGUACGUUGUGUUUAUAGAAUUACAUGACAAACAUUGGUGUAAAGCAACAUGUCUUUCCACAUUAUCUUAGAGGUGAAGUUACAUUUAUUUUGCUCCUUUAUAAUAUGUACGUCAAAUGAAACACCAUUUCUUUUUAAGUGACGUACUAGUUUUCUUUAAUUUUUUUUAUUUCAAAAGCAUUUAUUGUGACUUUAAAAGUGUUGCAAGAUAAGGGAUUUUGUGGCCGUGGUAGAUUUUUUAUUCUUUGUUUUAUAGGUGGUUUCUAUUUUUUUUUUAAACUGUAGUUUGUUUAAGUCACCAAGCAAUGUCUAAAUCUUACUGUGUUUCAUUUGAUGUUGUUAGAUUGGCAAAGAAAUUGGCAUAAGCAUUGGUUAAUAGUAUUGUCAAAAAUUGUGUAUUGUGUACU